AAUUUUAGUUUUAAAGUUGAAAUUUAUGUGUUGAAUAUAUUUGUUGGUCGCUUGUUGGAUUUCUGUUUUUUUUUUUACUUAUUGGAAUAGUAGCAGCGCAACUGUCAGUAGUAAAGAAAUUUAACACCAAAACAAGACCAACUGUCAAUGUGACAAUGGAGUGUAUGGACGGAAUAAGAGCAGCGGUGAAAAUAACAAUAUAACGCACCAGAAUGCACAGAACGCAUCUCGCAGAAGAGGUAGCGUCGAACUUUAUAAAAUAAAUGACUUGGCAAAGUUUCUAGUAUUUGGAGUAGGGCGGGCAACAGUAAAGGCGAAACCAAAUUGCAUAGUCAUACUCCAAUUAGACAUAAUAAAUUUAUAGGAAUAGCCAGUAAUUUUUUCAGCUAUUGCUUUAACAAAUGUGUUUUAAAAGAUUUUCGUUUUCAUGUCUCCUUCCAAAAUAUAGCAAAAGAGAAAUCGAGAGGCCUAAAUUAUGCAUAUGUAAUAAAAAACUUCAGUGCUCACACAUCAAGUUAAAAUUAACGUGUACACAGUGCUUUAUAUUGUUUGUUGUUUUAUUUGUAUGCAGCAAAUUACAAAAAUUCGAAAGGCUGAGAAAUGAGAAAGUUAAAUCAAAUUAAAAUUCAAAGAAUUAUAAUAAACAAAAUAAAACGUUUGCAACAUUAUUAAAAAAAUUAAGAUAGUCUGUAUAUAUGAUUGGUUGUUUACUGAAUGCUAAAAAUGCAAAUUGGAACAAAGAGUAAAGAGUGUAACUUUGAAAAUAAAAAGAUAAUUCGCACAUUACAAGUUGAUCAAUAAAACAAUUAACACAACUGAGUACCAAAAAUAAUAACAAUAACUUACUAAAUAGUGAUUAAAAAUACUCAAGUCUUUUAAAUUGCCAUAUAAAAUAUAUACAUACAUAAUUUUAAUAUUACGAAUUGUGAAAAUUAAUAAAACUUGAAACAAAGACCGUAAUGCUAAUGGUUCUUGACCAAUAAAUUUGAAGAUUUUUAAUAACAAUAUCAUUUAAGUUAAGAUGGACACAUCUUUGACACAGCAGCGAAAUCGUUUAAAACCAGCACCAACUACAACGACCACAUCCGCAGCCAAUGCUUCGCCAUUGAGUAGUAGUAUCAGUGGUGGAACCAGCGCGAUUUUAACCAAUCAUAACAAUAUCAGCAAUAAUGCCGGAAUUGUAAAUGCAAAUAGAAGUGUUGGUAGUGCUAGUGUUGCAAUUAUGGCAAGUUCUGGUGCGGUAAUACCAAUUAAUACAUUAACACAGUUAUCAACUCAAUCUUCAUCAUUGGAACGGAUAACCACAACAUCAUCAUUAGCGAAUCUAUUAGAUGGAUUUACUUCACGUGUAUCGGGCGAUCGUACUCAGAACACUGUUAGCACCCCUAGUAGUAUAAGUUCUCUGGGUAACACCGCAAAUGCCUUCUACUCUUCUUUAGGACUUGCUUUCAACUCCCUGACAUCGCCAAUUUCUACGGUUGCUGCUGCAGCUCAAGCGACUACUGCUGAAGCUGCAGCUGUUGUUGUAGCUGCUGCAUCAGCCCUUUCAAAUCAUCUUAGCUCACCAACAAGCGGAACGCCUCCUAACAUGGAGGGCUUAUAUGAUGAUGAUGAUUGUGAGGAUGACGACGAAGAUGAUGACCGUCAUGUACCGGCGCCAACACCUAAAAAGACAUGGUCAGAGAUUAAAUCCAUUGUUAAUGAUAUGCGCAAACAGUUAGUCAAUUUAUCCAGCAUGAUGCCAUCUAAUAUACAGUUCCGUACCUUAUCUGACGGUCGGGUGCGAUGCUACUUUCUGAGUACACCACCUAACGCCUGGGAGCCAACACUCCUUUAUGCAGAUAUUAAUAUGAAUGCAGCAGAAGAAACUAUUUUGCAAAGUAGUCCACCCCUAACUGAUAUAAAUGAUAGUAUUGAUAGCGUUAAAGCUUGUAACAACAUUGCAUCAGUUACAGAUGGUGGAUCAGAUAACGUAUCUGAUUCCCUUGGGAAUGUUGUAACAAAUCGCUUGCCGUCACCAACUUCUUCACACGCUUCGUCUCCCAUAUUGAAUUCUUCUUUCCUCAGAUAUAGUUCAAACAAAAGACUUCAAUGGAAGGUAGUAUUACAACAGCCAAUGUCAAGUGUCGCUGCUACGGCUGCUAGCGGAGGAGUUAAUCUAUGGUCAAGAGAAUUUCAGCUACUGCAGGAACGGAAACGACUCUCAACGUGGGGCAUUACUUCGUACGAGUUACACAAACCAAGCGGAAAAAUAGUUUUUCCUUGCUUUAGUGAUCUAUAUCAAUGCCUCGAUACUGGAUAUAAUACCAGCCCGCUUUUCCCUACACAAUUGCGAACAUGUCCCCAGUGGGCAGCGUUAGAUCCACAAAUCUGCCCACAAAAUUCGGAUUUAAUAGCAUACAUUAGCGGUAGCGACAUAUGGGUGACACAUACGGUUAGUGGACAUGAAGAGCGCUUGACAUUUGUGCACGAUGGACGCCGUUCUAUUGCAGAUGAUCCUCUUAGCGCUGGUGUGCCGUCAUAUAUAAUGCUUGAGGAGUUUAGCCGCUUCCAGGGUUAUUGGUGGCAACCACACUCGAAUGAUGGUGUAUAUCGCAUUGUUUACGAGGAAGUGGAUGAAUCGGACGUAUGCUUGUAUACGUUUCCAUCAUCGCAAGCAACGCCUGGAGAAAUAGAAGAAUAUCGUUUUCCACGGGCCGGCACAGCCAAUGCAAAAUCCAAAUUAAAAUUAGUGCAAUUCGUGCUCAAUGAGUCGCUGCAAAUUAGUGACGUUUGUAUAAAGGAUUUACCGUAUUCACUUUCUGUGGUGUUUCCUUGGCUGGAAUAUAUAGUGCGCAUUGGGUGGACGCCCGAUUCAAAUUACGUUUGGAUGCAGGGAUUGAACCGUAAACAACAACGUUUGGAUUUGGUACUUAUACCGUUGGAUAAUUUUUGCGAAACCUAUACCAGCACGGCGUCGUCGCCCUCAGGUUCAGCAGACCACAGCUGGAAGAGUCCAUAUUGUAGAGCUGUGUCACCUCUACAGGUUAUUUACUCUCAAACAUCAGAUACAUGGGUGAAUGUGCACGAUUUGCUUUAUUUUCUGGAAAUAACCGAUACAACGGUGACUUUUUUGUGGGCCUCUGAGGAGACUGGUUUUAGACAUUUAUAUCUUGUCACAUCUAGUCUGAAUACAUGCCCACUGAAUGGGUAUAAAGAUGCGCAUAGCAAUACGAACAAUUUUGAAAUGAAUAGUCGAACAAAUUCAACGUCUUCUACCACAUCAGCCAACAUGGAUAUUCAUACGGAUUUCAGCGAUAGUGUGACGUUGCAUGCAAGAAUUAUUAAUAAAGUAGCCCUUACCUCCGGCGAAUGGGAGGUUUUGCAUCGAAACAUUUGGGUGGACAAAGCGCAACAGUUGGUAUAUUUCAUUGGAUUACGUGAUACUCCACUGGAAAAACACUUGUAUGUGGUGAGUUUGCAACGUCCCGAACACAUACGUUUGCUAACCGAACCGGGCUAUUCAUAUCAGGUGGAAUUUGAUGAGUCAUGUCAAUUGAUGUUGCAAGUCUAUUGCAACAUACAGCGCUUGCCUUCCUGCAAAGUGAUGCGUGUUGCACAAACCUGCCAAAAUGGUGGAGUUAACGGCAUACAAUUAUCACUGAUGGGCUAUCUUCAUGAGGGUGGCAAACCUGAACCACAAUAUUGUCCGCAAAUGUUCCGCCCGCAAUUACCGUCGGGUGAAAUCGUGUAUGCAAUGGUAUUUAAACCACAUAAUUUCCACUUGGGCAUUAAAUAUCCAACAGUGCUCAAUGUAUAUGGCGGUCCUGAGGUGCAAACUGUCAAUAACACAUUCAAAGGUAAACAUCAAUUGCGUAUGCAUAUGUUGGCGGCGCAAGGGUAUUGUGUCAUUUGCAUCGACUCGCGUGGGUCACGACAUCGUGGACUUAAAUUUGAAACUCACAUACGUUGUCGCAUGGGCCAAGUGGAGCUGAACGAUCAAGUGGCUGCAUUACGAAUAUUGGCAGAUCAGUUAGGCUACAUUGAUAUGAAUCGUGUAGCUAUACACGGCUGGUCCUAUGGUGGUUAUCUUAGCUUAAUGGGUCUAGUGCAGUAUCCAGAAGUCUUCAAGGUUGCAAUUGCUGGAGCGCCAGUUACAAAUUGGGAAUAUUAUGACACGGGCUAUACGGAACGCUAUAUGGAUUUGCCGCAGAAUAAUAAACGCGGCUAUUCAGGGGGCUCAGUGCUUAAUUACGUAGACGCUUUCCCCGAAGAAGAAAAUCGUCUUCUUCUCAUACACGGCCUCAUCGAUGAGAAUGUUCACUUCUAUCAUACCUCACAGCUCAUAUCAGCCUUGAAUCGUGCAAACAAACCAUACGAUCUACACAUAUUCCCUGAAGAGAGACACUCAUUGCGCAACUUGGAAUCCAACAAAAAUUAUGAGACGAAACUAUUGGCAUUCCUGCAAAACUUAUGAAAUUGCCAACACCAUGCUACCUAGCAAUUAGCUAUGCAUAUAAUAAUAACGACAACGAUGACGAUAGCAAUGCUACUUAUAAUUUUUGUGUUGCAAGAGUUGCCACUGGCUUGUAGCGAUAAUCUCGAUAAAAAAAAAAACGAAAUACGAAUCCACAUCCGUAAACACCAUGUGGAGGUAUAAUCGCUACAAUAUAGUAAAAAACAGCGCUAAAAAGGCAAUAUCGGAUGAUUGGCAGCAAAUGAUAGUAAUGCAUGUUUGUUGCCAUCCUCCACUUUUGGAAAUCGUUAAGCGCAUGCAGUGUAUUUUAUUUCAACUGACCUCUAGCAAACUAUUUAGAUUUUAAAUUUUAUUUUUUACUAUCUUUUAUCACUAAAUAACUAGAUUUGUACAGCCAGAAAUUAAUAGUAGCUUCUAUAGCAUCAGCGACACUAAAUUAAAAUCGGCAGAAAAUGCAUUCGCGCAGUAUAUAAUCGCUUGGCGUUUCGAGAAGCGUGCAACGUAAAUGUCAUGUGUGCAGAAAUGAAUAUUAGUAAUAAUUAAAUUAAUGAACAAUAUAUAUAUAUAUAUACUUAAGCUAAAUUAUAAAAAGGCAAAUAUAAGCGUUUACUUAAAAUAAUUGUAGUCAGCUGCAAGAAUUUGAAUAAUCUUAUCACAAUAGCAAAAUGAGUGAUGUAAAAAUUAAUAGAACCCAUGGCUGCCAAUAAAAAGUGCUGCGAACUAUAGAUUUGUAAACUCUUCAUAUACCUUCAAAUGUUUCAUACGUGCUCAAAUCACGUUGGCAUAAGUUGGUCAAAUAUAAUUAUUAUUAUUAUUUAUUUUUGUCUUUGGUUUACGUAAAGCAUAAAGUCAUCUAUUGCUAAUAUUUAUUGCUUACAUAUUGUGUAUUAAUUUUUAUUUUUGUGAUUUUAUGUGUUGCAGUAGAUCGUAUAAAACCUAAAAACAAUUCUUGUACCUUUAGUGCAGCUAGGUCUACUGAAACGCGUUCAAUUGCAUUGAAAUAAACGUGAAAUUUCGAAAUUAGGCGUCACGCCUUAAACUGAGUAACUCAUAGCAGUAUAUACCGUUUUGUACCGUUAAAUGUAAGAUUAAGAAGGUCUAAUCAGUUCAUUUUGUGCUCAUAAAUAAGAAUAAGUAAAAAGCAAUUUCAAAAA